CCCCCCAGGGCCAGCUGGCCUGGGCUUCAGAUCGGUGGGAGGCAGAGCGCCAGGGGGAACCGGAGGAGCAGGACUGCAGGGGGCCAGGUCUGCGGUUCCCGUGGUGAGGGUCUAGGCUCCGAGGGCCGCGACAGCAGGAGUGCGGAGGUGCUGAAGCUCCUGCAUCAUGGAUGCUCUUUCUGAAGCAAAUGGCACCUUUGCCCUCCACCUUCUAAAGGUACUAUGUCAAGACGAUCCUUCUCACAACGUGUUUUAUUCUCCUGUGAGCAUCUCCUCUGCCCUGGCCAUGGUCUUCCUGGGGGCAAAAGGAAAUACCGCUGCCGAGAUUGCCCAGGUGCUUUUUUUAAACACGGAGAAGGACAUUCAUGGGGGUUUCCAGUCACUUCUGGCUGAAGUGAACAAACCUGGCACUAAGUACUUGCUCAGAGUGGCCAGCAGGCUCUUUGGAGAAAAGACGUAUGAAUUCCUUUCAACCUUUAAGGAAUCCUGUCUUCGGUUCUAUCAUGCUGAGCUGGAGCAGCUUUCCUUUGCCAAAGCUGCAGAGCCGUCCAGGGAACAUAUCAACACUUGGGUCUCAAAAAAGACUGAAGGUAAAAUUCAGGACUUGUUGCCAGUUAACUCGAUCAACGAACAGACCAGGUUGGUUCUUGUCAACGCCAUCUACUUCAAAGGAAGAUGGGCUGAAGAGUUUGACAAAACACGUACAAGGGAAAUGCCUUUUCAAAUAAACCAGAAAGAGCAAAGGCCGGUGCAGAUGAUGAUUCAGGAAGCAGAGUUCAACCUCGCCUACAUCCAAGAGGUGCAGGCCCAGGUCCUGGAGCUGCCCUACGCGGGCAAGGAGCUGAGCAUGCUCAUUGUGCUCCCGGACGUCGGCGUGGACCUGAGCUCGGUGGAAAAAAAUCUCACUUUUGAGAAAUUCAUAGCGUGGACCAAGCCAGACUGUAUGAAGUGUACUAAAGUUAAAGUUCUCCUCCCAAGAUUUAAACUGGAAGAGGAUUAUGACAUGGAAUCUGUGCUUCAACCUUUGGGACUAAUUGAUGCCUUUCAAGAGCGCAGGGCUGAUUUUUCAGCAAUGUCAGCCAAGAGAGACCUGUGUCUGUCCAAGUUUUUGCACAAGGCUUUUGUGGAGGUGAACGAGGAGGGCACGGAGGCCGCGGCUGCUUCAGCCCUUUUGGUGGGAAUUACCUGUGUAGUUGAGCCAUGGUUCUGUGCAGACCACCCCUUCCUCUUCUUCAUUAGGCACAACAAAGCCGACUGCAUUCUGUUCUGUGGCAGAAUUUGCUCUCCAUAAGGGGGUGCACUUACUGUGCCUGUGAGCCGUUCCCUCUUUCUGUGUCCCCAACUGUCACUCUGCAGCUGGAUCCCAGCCCAGUACAAAGGUGAGGACAGAUUCCUCAUCUGGAUGAAUGAUUUGCCGUGUUCUCCUCACUCAGCUGCCCCCAUACUGACCACUCAUUUACACCACUUAACCAAGACCAUGGGACAAAUACCUCAAUGAGUCCCUGUGGUAUCUAAGAUACAGUCCAAAUCCCGUAGGAGGGCAUGCCGAGUUUUCCUAUGUGGCCCUAGGUAUUUCCCAUGUAUUCCUCAUGCAAUUCAUUCUAGUUACACUGUGCUCUGCCUUGUACCUCAAGUCUUGUCACAUACUUCCCUUAGCCUGGACUGUUUCGAUUGUAAUAAAAGCUGCUAGCUAUUGGA